CAGUGCUUUUCUCCGUCCAUGCAGCAGGUCGUGAAGAGCAUUGCUCUGUCGCCCUGCCCAAACUCGAGUCCGCCGAAACGGUGCUACUUCAGAAGUCUCAGCCCGAUAGCCGUACAACAUGGCUUCAAGCGAAAAUGUAAACAUACGAGGUUGUGCAGGACGUGCACGUUGAUGGCUUUUGUGAAUUUAGAUGACAGCGAUUCGGCUUGUACGGUUUCGGCCCCCAAGAGACCUAGCUGGAACGGCGUAUUUUCGUCGUCAGAAGACGGAGUGUGGGAGCCAUUGUUUGGUUACAAUCGAUUUAGGCAUAGGCGUUCGAACGGCUCUUUGAACUCCGUCGUUGGUCCGCUGGAUGACACACGUCCGGUAUUCGAUGAAAAGAAGCCGUGCACCUCGACAUCGGAUGACAGUUGCCAAGAGAUGAUAUUUGACGAUGCCGUCCGACAGAAAUGCAUGUCCGAGUCGGACAGCAGUGACGUAACGAUGCUUGACUCUUUGCUAGACUCGAAUUGA